AUGUUUAUAUUCUUUAAGUCGUGGGAUAUAUAUUUUCGAAGCAUUUCUUCGACUCCUGAGUCUGAAGCUCGUGGUUUUGCUCCUCAGGCCUAUGCUCCAUUUACAUUACAAAAACCUGUAGAACAUGACACAAAGAUAAUUGAAGAUCAUCUUGCUGUGCAGGCUAUCAUCCGUUCCUACCAGUCUUUAGGCCACAGGGUUGCUGUCCUCGAUCCUCUUGGAAUCCUUUCUGCUAGCCUUGAUGGCUCAAUCCCUCCUGAACUGACGCAUGGGUUUUACAAUCUUGGUAUGUCCUGUUUGGUGUCGCAUGAAUCUGGUGCUCCCUGGUUUGCUAUCUUCAUUUACAAUGCUAACAUUUUUUUUACAGGUGAAUUGGAUAUGGAUAAGACUUUUCGUCUUCCUCCCACUACGUAUAUAGGAGGAGAUAAACAAGAAUUGACUCUUCGGGAAAUAAUCGCUCGACUUGAGGAAGUUUAUUGUAAAAGCAUCGGCAUUGAAUAUAUGUUCAUUAAUACUCUGAGAAAAUGCGAUUGGAUUCGAAACAAGUUUGAAACUCCUGGGUCAUUAAAGUUUUCUAAUGAUGAAAGGCGUCUUUUAAUGGCUCGACUUGUACGCUCUACACGCUUCGAAGAUUUUCUAGCCAAGAAGUGGAGUUCUGAAAAAAGGUUCGGAAUUGAAGGCUGUGAAGUUUUGAUUCCAGCAAUGAAACUUAUUAUUGAUGCUUCCAGUGACCUAGGCGUUGAGAGCUUCAUCUUGGGUAUUCCUCAUCGUGGGCGCUUGAACAUCCUAGCUAACGUUUGUCGCAAACCUCUCGAAGAUAUAUUUUGUCAAUUUGAUUCUAAGCUCGAAGCUGCAGAUGAAGGCAGUGGGGAUGUUAAAUACCACCUUGGUAUGAGCCACGAACGCAUAAAUCGCGUCAACAAUAAACGCAUAAAAAUUGCUGUUUGCGCUAAUCCAAGUCAUUUGGAGUCUAUUUGCCCUGUUGUGCAAGGUAAAACAAAAUCGGAGCAGUUUUAUCGGGGUGAUACUGAUGGAAAAAAAGUUAUGUCUAUUCUUCUUCAUGGCGAUGCAGCUUUCUGUGGCCAAGGUGUAGUGUAUGAGACGUUUCAUUUGAGUGACUUGCCUUCUUAUACUACAAAAGGAACCAUUCAUAUCGUUGUAAAUAAUCAGCUUAAUUGUGUGGCUUUUGAUUCCAUCAAUGUGGAUCUUCUUUCCUCACGAGGAGGUCCUAAUGGCUACUCACUACCUAAGUUUGGCAUCGUGAUCGUAUUCAUAUUUUAUCCGGGCUGUUCGAUCGAUUAUUCUCUUAUUUCUUAG